AUUCCGGACAAUACAUCCGCUCGCCUGGAGCCCGGAUCAGCUGCAGACCACGCCGGGCUCCGGGCCCAGGACAGGCUGAUUGAGGUAAAUGGUGUGAACAUCGAAGGCAUGCGGCAUGCAGAGGUGGUGGCCUUCGUUAAGAAAGGGGGAGAUGAGACCUGGCUGCUGGUGGUGGACCAAGAGACAGACGAACACUUCAAGAGGAGUGGGGUCAUCCCUACAAUCAGCCAUCUCAGAGACUAUGACGGUCCCUCCAUAUCCAACGGCUCCCCGAACCCUCAGAUCAACGGCAGCUCCACCACGCAGUCCUUCAGGUCCACACGCUCCGACGUCAGCAGCCAGGGCAACAGCACACAGUUGGCAGAAGAUGAAGGCAGCCAGCUGAUGGACCCUUUCGCUGAGAUGGGUCUGAGUUUGAGCGCUACGGCAGCAGAGGAAAAGAUGAAGGUCCAUAACAAAGAAAAGAGAAAGGCUCCACAAAUGGACUGGAUGAAGAAAUAUGAGCUGUUCAGCAACUUCUGAGACUUUCCCCUCCAAUGACAGAUGUUUGAGCGCUCUGCAAAGGAUAUCAAGAUAUAAGAAGACAAAAGGAAAAAAGUUGUACUAUGGAUUUGACUUUUUAAGCCACUUCAGAGACUUUUUAACAGCUUAUUUUCUCCUUUUUAAAGCACAACAUGAAGGAAGUGCUAACUGACUUAACGGAACUAUGAAGGAAAAGCAUAUUUUAAAGUCAAGUUUUUACAAAUGUAUGUACAUCCCCAUCACUUUAAUCCUCCUUUAUCCACACUUCUAGAGGCUUGUUUCAAACAAAUGAGGGAGAGAGUUAUUUUUAUAUUUAAAAAGUAUAAACAAACUAUGAAAAGAAAAUAUUAUCCCAUCUUCAUGCAUUUUAAAAGAGCUUUAUGGACACUGUGACAACAAUGAUUGUGGACAUUGUGGGAGUUUUGGCCCAUCAGUCAGAGGAAGCCCAAGAUGGGCAGAAGAUCACUGUGAAAGAGUUCAGAGCCUCCACCUUCAGCCCACGCAGAUCUAUUUUAUUAUCACGCAUAAAGAAAAGGAUGGCUGUGUGUUCUGGUUGCAACAUUUCCUACAUGUAUUUUUACAGAGUGUAUUAACUGGUCAUCAGAUCAGCCCUGCUUUUGUUCAAAAAGGUAAUCCAUUAUCCAUUAUAUCCAUUAUCCUAAAUAACACAUUAUUCCGUGUUAUUUAGCACUCACUUUUAAUAAUGUAUACCACUAAACUCUUUUCCAAAAUGCUCCGGUGCACAACAAAGGGAAGCACCACUAACAUAAAAUGUAUUGAUACAUUUAACCAUGGAAGCUGGAAAGUAGGCAAGGAAGGUUUUGUCUGGGCAAAAAGUACAAAUAGAGUUUAUCAUUGGAGGAGGCCCGAUGUGUACAGCAGGGGGCAAACUUGCUCCACAAAUAAGAGGUCCCGUUUGGUCCGGAAAAUAAAAGCAGAGAAGAUGGUUAAGCAGGCUGGUUUUAUUGUGACACUAGAGAACUAUUACUUAGUUAAGAAGAGUAACGUCUUUUGGUGUCCACUAGUUGUCAUGGCCAGGGAACAGCCCGGCACAAAUUGCAAGUGGAUGUUUUUACACUCGUACGUAUUAAACAAUUUUUUUUUACAUAUUAAAAACAUUGAUUAAGAUGUGGCAAGCAAGCUGUUUCCCCCCAUUUCUCUUUUUUAUGCUAACCUAAGCUAACCUGCCGUUUGCAGUAGCUUCACAUUUAGCACAGGUGACACUUUCCAACCAAAAGUGAAAAGGGGUUUUCCCAAAAAUGCUGUACAAGGGGUUUUCCCAAAAAUGCUGUACUAUUCCAUUAAUUAGAUAAGGGUCAGGGCCGGGAAUGAGCUCAGAAGUGCAACUAUAGCCGCGAAAGAUAGUUAUAGGAUGUGAUGGGGUCCAACGUGAGCAGAGUGUGAGCAGGUUGUGGGGCAGAGAGGUGUAGCUAAGGCUGCACAGUGAGGUCAGAGAUGCUCCGGGGGAUCUAGUGAAAGAGAAUGCAGGAGCCAUGGAGCUUACUGAGGAUUAUUACACACAGGGGCACAGCUGUCAUGCUGGAGCACAAUGUGUAUGAGAGUAGAGAAGGUAUACAUGCCGCAAUCCAAGCUAUGUUGAUACAAUGCAUUGCAUCAAGUGAACUUGCAAAUUGGAGAACUUGUCUUUUUGUACCUGUUCACACCUUUACAGUGUCCUAAUUCAUCUUUGUACAUCAUUCUGUGUGUGCAUUAGCGUUUCACUAUGUAUGUUCUGACAGUCACAGCAAAGAAAACUCUAUGAUAUCAUGGCUGAUGUAUAUAUACAGUAAAAGCAUCCAGUAUAUAAGGCAGGUGGCAUUUUUUCAAUAAAGUGUGACAAUGGUGUUUUUGAAUAUAUUAAACUGUUGUCAUUAUCGCUCA